AUGGUAAGCAUGGGAGGGUACACACUUCGUCACGUGAAAGAGGGUAAUUGGAAGAGCGUCAACCUAAAUUGCUCUUAUGCAUACUUCCAAUAUAGUCUGUCCAACAUAUUCGGGAGCGUGUGCUCGAUAGACCUUAAAAUAGACGCAGAAGGAAGCCGGAAGUUCGCCUUUUUGCGAAAGGACAAAAAGGGAGACAAGUGUCCCAUCUUCUCAGAUGGAGAGGACAUCAACGGAGUUGCCACAAUCAGUUUAAAGCCAGGAAAGAAAUUUGAACAUUACGGGAUCAAAUUAGAAUUGAUUGGUCAGAUAAACAUUCUAAAUGACAAGUCGAAUUCAUAUGACUUCUUUUCCAUAUCGAAAGAUCUAGAGCCCCCAGGGUUUCUAAUAGAAAGCAAACAGUUCAAAUGGAAAUUUUCUUCAGUGGACAAACAACAUGAAUCAUAUUUUGGAACUAAUGUAGAGUUACGGUACUUUGUCAGAUUAAAUAUAAUAAAAGGAUAUGCAGGGAACAUACAAAAGGAAAUUGAUUUUAUCGUUCAAAAUUUAUGCAUUCCUCCUGAGAUCAACAGCACUAUAAAAAUGGAGGUAGGAAUUGAAGACUGCCUUCAUAUUGAAUUCGAAUAUGAUAAGUCCAAGUAUCAUUUGAAAGAUGUUGUGGUUGGUAAGGUUUACUUUUUACUUGUGAGGAUUAAAAUAAAACAUAUGGAGUUAGAUAUUAUUAAAAUGGAGACCUCUGGGGUUGGUAAAAAUUACACCACUGAGACGGUUACAUUAUCUAAGUUUGAAAUUAUGGAUGGGUCACCAAUAAAGUCGGAGUGUAUCCCGGUGAGGCUGUAUUUGAGUGGGUUCGAUUUGACCCCCACUUAUAAAAAUAUUCAAAACAAGUUUUCCGUUAAGUACUAUAUAAAUUUGAUAAUUGUGGAUGAGGAUGAGCGCCGCUACUUUAAGAAGCAGGAGAUUUUCCUUUGGCGCAAGAAGCUGGGGUGA